AUGCUCAAAAGGGACAUAAUAGUUGAUUUUUUAAAUUUUUUUCCCGAUAAGGUUAAUACAUUAUAUAAUGCUACAGAGCUUUGUUUUUUGGUUGGUUCGUUAAAAAGUUGGACAAAGAUUCAAUUAAAAUUAAUUUUAAAGUUUUUUUUAGUUAUUUUAUUUCACGUUAAAGAAAUUGUAAGUGGAGAAAUUAAAUAUUUUUGA